CAAAAAAAUCUAAAACCCUAAAACAUAAAUAAUAAACAUAAUAUUAAGUCACACAGAAGACGAAGAAACGAAGAAGAAGAAGAAGAAGACCAAACGCUAAUCAAAUAAUCCUCAUCAAUCAUCAUCAUCAUCCCCAACUACUCCAUCGCCGGCGCCUGAACAAAAUGUCGACUACCCGUAGGAUCCGCGGCGAGAAUCGGUUUUACAACCCUCCUCCGAUGAGAAAACUUCAACAGGAGCGUGAGAAGAAGCGACUUGAAGCCGAGGAGGAGGAGAAGAAGAAGUUGAACGCUAAGGAGAAGAUUCUCGAUCGCCAGAUUAAGUCCAAGGAUAAGGAAGUUAAGAAACCCGACGAGUGCUCUACCUCCGAUUCCUCUCUUGUACCAGGUCGGGUCUCCUCCUCCUCCACCACCACCACCGGCACUUCCUCCAAUUUGGGCCGGUUUAUCGAGUGCACCACUCCCGUUGUCUCUACGCAAUACUUGCCUCUGAGAAGCAUUAAAGGGUGGAGAACCCGGGAACCAGAGCACUGUCCUUACUUCUUGCUUAAUGAUUUGUGGGAUUCGUUUGAGGAGUGGAGUGCCUAUGGUGUUGGGGUUCCCCUUCUCUUAAAUGGGAUUGAUUCCGUUGUUCAGUAUUAUGUUCCUUAUCUCUCUGGAAUUCAGCUUUAUGAAGACCCAUCUAGAGUUUCAACAAGUAAGAGGAGGCCUGGUGAAGAAAGUGAUGGUGACUCGCCUAGAGACAUGAGUAGCGAUGGCAGUAAUGACUGUAGAGAGCUUUCUCAGACUUUAUACAGAGCCUCUUUGGAAGAGAAACCUUGCAUAGGUUCAUCGAGUGAUGAGAGUGAGGCCAGCAGUAUCUCUCCUGGUGACCUUGUCUUUGAGUAUCUUGAAGCUGCUAUGCCAUUUGGCCGUGAACCAUUGACUGACAAGAUCUCAAACCUGUCAUCACAAUUUCCAGCACUCAGAACAUACAGGAGUUGUGACCUAUCACCUUCGAGUUGGGUCUCUGUAGCUUGGUACCCAAUAUACCGAAUACCAUUAGGUCAAUCGUUACAAAACCUGGACGCUUGCUUUUUAACAUUCCACUCCUUAUCAACACCCUGUCGAGGUUCAAGCAAUGAGGAAGGUCGAAGCUCAAGCAAAUCGGUUGCGUCAUCGAAGCUUCCAUUGCCGACUUUUGGUCUAGCUUUCUACAAGUUUAAGCUGUCGGUGUGGAGCCCAGAGAGUGACGCUGACGAGAACCAGAGAGUCGGGACGCUGCUACAAGCAGCUGAAGAGUGGCUCAGGCGGUUGAAGGUGAUCCUACCAGACUUUAGACACUUCAUAAUGCAUAGUGGUUCCGCGUGGAGAUGAUAUUUAAUAGUCGUUUCCUAAAACUAUAAAUAACGAGAGUGAUAUAUAGCAAAAGUGAAGCAUCUUUCAGCAACUUUUGUUUGUUUUUUUUUUUGAAGGGGAAAAUGAGAAUCUGUAUAGACACUGAUCGUAAAUUUGUGUUUUAUUACCGUGGAAACUUGCUAUGUAAUGGACAUAGUUUGGAAGAAAAAGAAAAAAGAGUUUAUC